AUGCGUUUUAAUCGCGUUUAUGACUUUCAAAGAGCUCUUUGCGAAGAUCCCAAGCUUAUUGAAGAGUGGUUUGGAUUGGUAUCGAAUAUGCGGGCGAAAUAUGGUAUUGUCGAUUCCGAUUUUUAUAACUUCGAUGAAACCGGCUUUAUGAUGGGUGUAAUAUGCCCUGGAAUGGUCGUAACUAGUAUUGAACGAUGUGGCAGAAGCAAGGCAAUACAACCAGGCAAUCGAGAAUGGGCUACAGCGAUUAUAUGUGGUAAUGGAGAGGGUUGGACUAUACCUCUAUUCUUGAUGGUGCAAGGGCAAUAUCACCUUUCUAAUUGGUAUACCGAAAGUGGUUUUCCUGCAGAUUGGGCUCUUAAACCUACUUCCAAUGGAUGGACGAAUAAUGAGACAGGCCUAGAAUGGUUAAAGCAUUUUGAUAAACAUACUAUUCGUCAAAGGAAGGGCAAAUAUCGAAUGCUAGUAUUGGAUGGGCACGAAAGCCACGAAUCAAUAUCUUUUCAAUCAUAUUGCAAGUCAAAUGAUAUUAUAUGCCUCAGAUUACCACCACAUUCAAGUCAUUUAACUCAACCACUCGAUGUUGGGUGUUUUGGCGUACUUAAACGUUCAUAUAGUUGUCAAAUUGAAGGAUUUAUCAAAGCUCAUAUCAAUCAUAUCACCAAGGUUGAAUUCUUUAUAGCCUUCAAAGCUGCAUAUUUACAAUCAUUUACUAUUCAGAAUAUGAAAGCUGGUUUUCGAGGAGCAGGUCUAAUACCAUUCGAUCCUCAAUCUAUACUCUCAAAACUGGAUAUUAGGAUUCGUACUUCUACCCCUCCAUCUACCUCCUUGGAACUUACCAAUUCCUGGAUCUCUCAAACCCCUCACAAUCCAACUGAGGCUCUCUUACAAUCAACUCUAGUAAAAGCUCGAAUGGCUCGUCAUCAAUCAAGCUCUCCUACACCUAUAUUUGAGACUGUGCAAGCUUUAGCUAAAGGUACAGAGAGACUGGCAUAUGAAGUUACACUUUUGAGUGCUGAGAAUCGUAUACUUCGAAGAGCAAAUGAGGCAUUAAGUAAACGUCGACGCGCCAAAAAAAAUUCAACUACGUAA